CGCAACUCCACAUUCUGCGCACGCGCACUGAAUCAAGUGCUCAUGUGCAGCGCAAUCCGGACCCGCUUUGAAAAAAACAACAAAACUUCACGGAAUGAAAUGAAUCUGGAGUGGAGGACAUGGAUAUUUGAAAGCGACAGGAAACGAGUAACAGUUCCUGAAGAUCGCGGCAGUAGUGGUGUUUAAAUGCAUUAUUAUCCGAUAGUGAACUAACUGCGCGCGCCAGCUUCAUUUCUAUCACUGGAUUUGACGUGUUCCCACAACAACGUGCAGCACAUGACAGGAAUGAGGAGAGACAGCGAUCGAGCCAGUAAAGCCACCUGGGUCCUCCAACUUUUCUGCAUCUCUCUCCUGACUUCAUUCGUGAAAGCAGAAGAUGGGUCCUGCCACGGAGCCUUUGAUUUAUACUUUGUUUUGGAUCGGUCAGGCAGUGUUUCUGACAACUGGAUGGAGAUCUAUGGAUUUGUGGAACAACUGACGAAUCGUUUCGUAAGCCCGAAAAUGAGAGUAUCCUUUAUAGUCUUUUCUUCUAGUGCAGAAGUAGUCUUGCCUCUCACUGGAGACAGGGCAGCUAUUGAUAAUGGUCUGCAAAGUUUGAGCAAGAUCAGACCUGCUGGUGAAACCUACAUGCACGAGGGGUUAAGAAAGGUAUUAGAACAAAUGACUACCCAUGGCACAAGAGCAUCCAGCAUCAUUAUUGGACUGACUGAUGGGAAGCUGGAGGUCUAUCCGCAUGAUCUUGCUGUGAACGAGGCUGGUCAGGCGAGACAGUAUGGUGCUCGGGUAUACUGUGUUGGCGUGAAGGACUUUGAUGCAAACCAGCUUGCAGAUAUUGCAGACAGCAAAGAUCAAGUGUUUCCUGUUGUGGAUGGAUUCCAGGCUCUUAAAAACAUUGUAAAUUCGAUUUUAAAGAAAUCCUGUGUAGAGAUUUUUAACCUUGAGCCCUCCAACAUUUGCGUGAAUGAAACUUUCAACAUUGUUUUGCGAGGGAGGGGAUUCACGCAGGGAAGAACUUCAGAAGGUGUGGUCUGCACAUUAUCUGUCAAUCAACAGGAUCCUUACAAUGAGAAGCCGAGUGCAGUGAAGGAUAAUUACGUUCUGUGUCCAGCUCCAGUGUUGACCGAGGUUGGACACUCCCUCGAUGUGCUCAUUAGUCUGAAUAACGGCCAGUCUUUCAUUUCAAGUCCAAUCACAAUAUAUGCCACAACAUGUUCUGAUGGGAUAGUGAUAGUGAUAGUCAUCCUGGUGCUGCUGGUGUUGUUGGCUUUAAUUGUGCUCUGGUGGUUCUGGCCGCUCUGCUGCAUGGUGGUAAUCAGAGAUCCACCCCCAUCUCGCCCUCCGCCUCCAUGCCCAAUACCUGAACCUGAAGAGGACCCUCUGCCGAAGAAGAAAUGGCCUACAGUGGAUGCGUCUUAUUAUGGUGGCAGAGGGCCUGGUGGCAUCACACGGAUGGAGGUUCGCUGGGGUGAGAAGGGCUCUACAGAAGAAGGGACGCGGUUAGCGAAAGCCAAAAAUGCUGUGGUCAAAAUGCCAGAGGAGGAGUUUGAAGAGCCUGUAAAAAGACCCCCACCCAGACCACCACCAAUAUGUCAGGCCCCAGUCCCAGACAAAUGGUACACGCCCAUUAAAGGGCGUUUUGAUGCUGUGUUAGCAUUGCUACGAAGACAAUACGACAGAGUUGCUAUCAUGAGACCCACAGCAAAUGACAAGGGGCGCUGCAUCAAAUUCAACCGAGUUCAGCAUCACUGACCAAACACAAUGUGUCCUUUACUUUAAAGUAUGUUCAGACAAAAAGGACUGGAGGAUCCACUGCUGUAUGGACACGGUGUGAAAAGCUGCACUUCUGAAUUAAAACCUUUGCAUUUUAAUGUGUAAAUCUAUCCUGCUGAUUUUGUUUCUGCAUGUCUUUGAAUAUGGUUGAAUUCACUGCUUUUAUAACAGUCAAUCUGUUUAAGGUUUUCUAGUUACAAACCAACACCGUGCCUUCUUGUGAGUGUAUUAUGAAUGGUUUUGUCAAGGGAAGAAAAUGUAAAUUAUUAUUUUUAUUUCCAUAGUUAUUUCUUUCAUUAUUAUUAGUAAAGAUGAUUAUCCAGUAAAUUCA